CCUGCUUCACCCAGGCCCUCGCUCUCUUCUUCACUCGUCUCUUCUUCUGGUUCUUCUAGCUGAGCAGGUUAGCCACAGAGAGAGAGAGUGUGUGUGCGUACGAUAGCACGUGAUGGAUCCCAAAUCCAUCUUGUUCCUUGGUCUCAUCUGCAUUGUCGUCGCCGUCGUCGGAGGCCAAUCUCCUCCCACUUCUUCUCCUCCUUCAUCUCCCGCUCCUCCUACUCCCACCACUCCCACUGGUACUCCCCCUACCAACACUCAGCCUCCGCCCACUCCUCAAGGCUCUCCGCCUCCGGUUCAGCAGUCUUCUCCUCCUCCAGCUCAAUCUUCGCCUCCUCCCGCUCAAUCAUCGCCUCCUCCGGCAUCGACUCCUCCGCCUGUUAGCUCACCUCCCGCAUCGCCUCCUCCAGCUUCUCCCCCACCGUCAUCCCCUCCUCCAGCCUCUCCUCCUCGGGCCACUCCUCCUCCUUCAUCUCCACCUCCGGCCACUCCUCCUCCGGCAUCUCCACCACCAUUUAGUCCCCCACCCGCAACUCCACCACCAGCUGUUCCUCCGCCGGCCCUCACACCCACUCCACUCUCAGCCCCUCCAGCUACAACUCCGGCCACGACUCCCGCUUCCACUCCGGCUUUGAGCAAUGCUCCGGCACUAUCGCCAGGGCCGGCGACGGCCGCUGCUCCGGGUCCAAGCCUCUCCACCCUGUCUCCGGCUGGCAGUGACUCUAGUGAAGCAGUGAAGUUGUGGCGGUCACAGAAGAUGAUAGGAAGCUUGGCAUUAGGAUGGGCUUUGCUCUCAGUGUUAUUCUAGUCAUUUGCCUUUGUGCUGAUCCAUGAUGGAUGCCUCUGUUAUUUCCACAUUUGCCCCUGCUAUAGCACUAUUAUUAUUAUUAUUAUUAUUAUUAUUAUUAUGAUUAAUUUGUGGCUAUCAUUUUAGACUAUAUUCACCUGUAUUUGCUUUAUUCUAUACCUUUGGCUUGUAUUCUUUGGGAGAUUUUUGAGGCCACCUUUUGUAUUUUGGAGGAGUUUUCCUUUUCCCUUUUUAUUAUUACCAUGUGACUUCCAUUCCUUC